AUGCUCCCGUCGUGGAAAGGCCUCACUGGCGGGCAAUCGAGGUCAAAGCGGAAGUUCACUAAGUGGCAGAUUUUCAACGUCGUGCGGCGCCUUGUGGUGAUCGCCGCCGCGUGCCAGUAUAUCUACAUUUCCAUGCUGGCCACUUGGUGCACAAUGGAGGUGCUACGUUCGAUGCCCAAUCCGACUCAAGUAUUUGGAGUUUUCACUGCAUCGCUCAUCGCUGACUACGCAGGUGACGGUCUCAUUCGCGACAGCCCGUUGGUGGAUAACGUGUUGGAUGGGGAUACAACGCCCCGAGACUACGUCAUUUAUCUCGAGUCCAAGAGCCAAGUCUCGACCGAAAACUGUUCGCAGGUACCGCUAUUCAACGCCAACAUUUACAACCACGGCUUCCUCACGCACAUGUACACGCAAAUGAUGAAUGAUACGAGCUACAACACAAGUGUUCUUACGGAUCUAGAGCUUGUCGUAGUGGUCGUAGACUGCAGCUCAACACAGCUGAACAACGGAGAUCCGUCAAUUGUCCGGGUUUACAAUGUAGCGCGGUCACGUGACGACCCAACCGAUGUGUACUUGGUCAUGGUGUCGCUUUCGAUUCAAGACUACCAGAUGUGGUCGUACAAGAAGUCUGGCCCAGCUCUCGUAGGUAUGAUUGCUGUGAUACACGACAUACAGGGGGAUAUCACCAAGCAGCUCUACAUGAUGGCGCCCACGUAUCCGUAUCAACGCUCGCUGGACUUCGAGAUCUACGAGUUCAUCAGGAUAACAGAGGAAAGCUGUCGAGAGUUGCGGAGUAUCCCAAAAGAUCCAACGACACAACCUGUGAAGCAUUUGGUCACAUCGAGGAAGCGUGGGUUCUACGACGGCGAUGUCCAGUCCAAUAUUCACUCCAUGUACUCGCACCUGGAUGUGACGAAUGCUAGGAGCGCGCUGUAUGAGUGGGAGUGGCUGGGAGAGGCCAUCAUCGAGGACUCGUGGGCGUGGGUGCACGGCCUUCACUUCAUCUUCGGCAUGCAGACUUUCUUCUCGCUACUUGUAUUAUUCCUCGUGACAUACCAGAACAUUCGCAGUGGUAAGAUUUGGAUUGGGGCUCCGUUUGCCUCGACAUCGACUGCAACAUUUGUGACACGAGGCAUACUGGUGGUCAUAUCGUGGUAUGUGAACUCGUUCUGGACGCUUUUCGAGUUCGCCAUGUCCAAUGCUGCCAUACUCUCAGGCAGUGAAGGGAUGUACGUCCACAAGGAGCUUGUACACGCCGAUGUUCUCGUCGUAUACCUCGGUUUGGUGGCGUUCCUGAGCUGGAUGAUUCGCGAGCGAAUCGACCCCUCAGUCGCCAUCUUUCUGUUCGAGAUCAUCCACAAGCACCGGCUCAGCUUUAUCCGCAUCUCACCUUCCGUGCUGCACGAGAUCGUGACGAACUCAAAUAGCGUAUUUCGCCUCGGAGUUGCUGCUAAGACACCCGUCGUAGCUGCGAUGGCCCCGCUGGACUUCUGGUCCGCCUUCCAGAUCCCUAAAAAGGACGCUACGUUUCUCGCUGCUUCAUUCUUCCCCAAGAUCAGUCUCUUGGCAAUCGUCAUUUGCUAUGCCCUCUUACGAAAGGUUUACCGGCAUUUCUACCCGGAAGAGAUCCACCAAAGAUCGACCCGAAGCACGAACCGGUCGACGAACGAGAACGCUGCGAUUGCGCAGAAAGGGAAUUUAACCAACUUCGAGAUCUCAACAGGCGCAGAGCUGCAGACGCGCUUCGGGAUCAUCUCGGAUUACAAGAACUACGUGUAUUUCAAAGGGAUGAAGUUCGCGUCAGCCGACGGGGUCUAUUGCUCGGGGUAUGUCAUCGUGAAUGGGAGGUACUUGGUAAGUUCGAAGCACCUGAUGGCGGUCGUCAUGAUGAAGUUGGUGGGAGCGCGCUUCACCAACGUCUACGCGUAUGAAGUGGAAGGAAACACGGUGAAGGACACUGCCAGGCUGGUGUUUCCCGAUACUUUUACGUGGUUCGAGUUGUGGCAUUUGAAUGUCAACGUGCUGCUUUAG